UCUUCUACGUCAGUCCGUGCCCGACCAUCGUGUCGCGUGGAUCGCACGUCCGACCUGCGUGCAAGGGAACCGCGAUUUAUUUAUAAAUCCGUACGGAACGUGGCAUCCGGGUUUUCUCCCAGUCGCUUUUAUCCAAGUGGUGCGCGUAUCACGUCGGUGCGUAGCUGUGGUUGUGCCUGUGUAUCAGUGAAAUCGAAAAAAAGCAUCCUGUUGGACGAGCUGCAUCGUUCAACCAUGCGUUACCAAGGUAUCGUUGGUCAAGCUGUCGUUGUCCUGCCAACGGGCAGCCCAUCGUCGCUAUGAUUCACUGUCGGAUGCAGACGUCCUUCAUCGUCCUGAAACCACGUCACGAGCCGGAUCGUUAUCUCCGCAUGGAGCAUCGCAAUUGUUUCACGUUCGAUUAUUGGAAAAUGUGAUACUGGGCGCGCACUGGUAAAGAGAAUUUCUCGACUUAGGCUAAGAUGUCACAUCACAGCGACGACAACAUGCUGAUAGCGACGUCAGAUUCCUUCUGGGAGCCGGGCAACUACAAGCGGACGACGAGGCGGAUCGAGGAUGGUCAUAAGCUCUGCGACAGUUUGAUAGCGUUGGUCCAGGAAAGGGCAGAGAUUGAAAAGAGCUAUGCCAAGGCGCUCAAGAACUGGUCUAAGAAUUGGAACGACAAGAUCGAGAAAGGACCCGAAUAUGGUACAACCGAGGCAGCAUGGAAAGGUGUUCUGGUAGAAUCCGACAGACUUUGUGAUCUUCACCUCAGGGUCAAAGAGAACCUCUGCAACGACAUCGUCCAGCAAGUCAAGACGUGGCAGAAAGACACGUAUCACAAGUCGAUGAUGACCCUGAAGGAGCGCAAGGAAAUGGAAGAUGCGUUCAAGAAGGCACAGAAGCCAUGGGCGAAACUCCUACAGAAAGUUGAGAAAGCAAAGUCGGAGUAUCACAACAGUUGCAAGACCGAACGAACCGCGGCGAACAUGGAGAGGAACGCCUCGGCGGACAGUUCUCUCUCGCCGGAUCAGAUGGCCCGAGGCUCUGAAAACGUGAAGAAAAUGCAGGACAGAGUGCAAAAAACGAAAGAGGAGGUGCAAAAGGCGAAGGAGAAGUACGAGGCGGCGCUUCAAGAAAUCAAUCAAUACAAUCCAAAGUACAUGGAAGACAUGACGCAAGUGUUUGAGAAGUGUCAGGAAAUGGAGGCGCAGCGACUACAGUUCUUCAAAGACGUCCUCUUCGGCAUUCACAAAUGUCUGAAUAUAUCGCAGGAUCCAGUGCUUCCACAGAUAUACGAGGAAUUUUAUCACACGAUAAAUAACGCCGACCACGAGAAAGAUCUCAAAUGGUGGUCUAAUAAUCAUGGUGUAAAUAUGGCUAUGAAUUGGCCACAGUUUGAGGACUACACAGAGGAGUUCCGCGAGAUCACGAAGGGCUCGAAGUCGAAGGAGGCGCUCCCGGCAGGCUCCAUCACACUCAUCAAUCAACGCCCGGUCGGCGAGGAUCUGCAUGAAUUUCCACCGGUCAACAACAAAUCAAAAUCAAAGUCCACCAGCCGUGUAAUAUCAGCGGACAGCAAUCACGGAGAUAGCAAAACCGACACAAUAAGUUCGAGCAAACAGUCUUCGGAAAAGAACAACGAAAGCGAUAACGUCAAUAGGACUACGACUAUUACUAACGGUACUAAUGCCAAGCAAGAGUCAAACCCAUUCGAAGAGGAGGAAUGGGACGAGGAAGGUGGUGAACCAUUGGUCGACAAUGGAGAACCAGGAGUUCCCGUGCGAGCGUUGUACGACUACGAAGGAGCCGAGGCGGAUGAACUUAGUUUUAAGCAAGGAGAUGUAUUCGAGAAGCUGGAAGACGAAGAUGAACAAGGGUGGUGUAAAGGAAGAAAGGACGGUAAAGUGGGCCUCUAUCCGGCAAAUUAUGUAGACUUGGUAUCGCAAUAGAUUAACUAAUAUAAAGCCAAAUCCACAAGUUCGUUAGUUACUUACAUAUGUAACACUUGCGCGAGAAGAACAAAAAUUACGUUUCGCUUCUCUUCGCUGUUGUUUGCGCGAAUUAUAAUUCACGAAAUUCUAAUUUCGCGGUGUAUUAGAAGAGAGAUUAAUGAUGAAUGAAUAUAGAAUGAAGAAAAUGAGUUAUAAUAUUUUAAAGUCCAAAACUUGAACCUAAAUUGUCUGCAUUUACAAAUUGUACAAAUAGCAAGGAGUGAUUUUGAUUUGAGAUUUUUCCUUCGUAUCAGAGAUAAUUAGCGAAAUUAAUCUAAAUCAAUAGCUUUCUGCUAUUGAUCUAAAUCAAUAGCUUUCUGAAAAAAGAUAGCUCCUCACUCGUAAAAUAAAAUUUGUUUUUAGAUAGCUAGGUUAGAUUCAAAAUCCUUCAUUAGUAAAUUUCAAUGAAUAAACAUGGAUUACACGCAUGUGACACGUAUAGCAAGUUUAGAUAUUGGAAUAUUGUACAAUAUCAUACAUUUUAUGACUCAUUGUUGCUACUAAUAAUUUUUUGGCUGAUGCGACAAGAGUUUAAUUUAAUUUAUUGUUAUUAAAAAAAAUACUAUUAAAUCUAAUGUCUAUCUAAAUGGUGUCAUUGUACAUAAUAGACAUAAGAAUACAAUAGCAAUAUAUGAAGUUAUUAUUACCAUUUAACGAAUUUGAAGCAUAUUUAAA